AUGAGAUUCGUUUUCAUAUCUGCUUUGAUCCUGGCUUGCCUCCUGGUGAUGGCCAAUAGCUCAUCGAACUCCACGUCCACGUCUACAACAACGAACUCAACAAGCACAGCUACCACAACGACUACAACGGAGGCAACGACCACCACAACAACGACCACGACGGAGGCAAGCACCAGCAGUGACAAGAAAAAGAGGAGGACUCGCCAUUGGAAAACCACCCACAAGAGGAAAGGCAAGAAGGACAAGAAGGACAAGAAGAAGAAGGACAAGAAGCACAAGAAGUCCAAGAGGAAGAACAAGCGUUCCCACCACAGCGGUUAA